GAAGUUGUCGAGGGGGGAUUCUGCUGCGGGAUGGACUCUCUUGGUUUUUUCCGGGUUUUUGUUUUCGAGAGCUCCGCUUUCUUUGGGUGCUAGGGUUGGUGCUGUUCAGGUGCGGUGUGUUGUGGUGACGGCAGCGGCGUUGCUGCAAUCUUAGUUUUGCUACGUCUCUCCUGUUGCCAUUCCGGUGGUCAAUGCUCCUAGUGUGGCGACGCUGGUUUUGCAUUCUCUUCCUCGCAGUCGUGCAGUUGGAGCGAGAUCUGGCUUUUUGCUCGCGUUACUGUUCCCGUGGAGGGGGGCUGGUCGUCAUUUAGGGCGCUUCUGCAACGCCGUUCCUGGCUGUUCUACCUUUUUUGUUGUCUGUGGCGAUCCUGCUUCGGAGUGUGCUGCGAUCAAGGCUGGUGGCUGCGGAAGCUCCUGUUGUCAACGUGAUCUGGUUUCCGUACUUCUUCCGUUGGUCUAUGGUUAGAGGGCGAGCGAUACGGGUGUUCAUGCUAAGUCGUGCAUCGAGCUGGUGCUCGGCCCAUGUUCUUCUUCAUAGUGUGUGAAGGGGCGUUGGAUGGUGCUGGUUGCACUGUGGUGGAAGCAUCAAGUGUUCGACGGUGUCUCAUGAUUCUGUUCCGUUUAGUGCUCUCUGGUGGCGCUUCUUUUUUCGGGUGGGUGGUCCAGUGGUAUUGAGGAUUGUCGACGCUUUCUUGUUGCUGGCCUCGUCGUUUUCGCCUGGUGAUUCUUCGGUUCUGUUCUCCAUCAUCUUGUUGUACGCCAAGGUUGUUUGAUGCCACUGUUGCGGUUGUGGCUGCAAAUUCUACUGCUUCACCGACUGUACUCCUUGAAGUCAUGGCUGCUGCUGCAAGUUCUUGAAGAGAGUAGUGGACGUUUAGGUCGUGGUUGGUAGCUGUUGGAGAACUUGCGGUAUUUGCUAUCCGCCGACCCGCGUUUUUGUCGCCGUGGAUGCUGGAGGAUUAAGUCUUGCGGUGCAGUGCCGUCAAUUUUGGCUGGUGGUCGACUUAAUCCGGCUCUUGUUGCUGUGCUCGUUCGUCUCCGACUGGUUUUGGGCUCCGGUGUUGUUCGACUAUCGCUGAGUUUCCAAUCAUCGUCGUCGCCUUUAGUCGGCACUGUCGGUGGACUGGCGGGGUUGGCAGGUAUUGUAGAAUGGGAGAAAUGAUGUUGUGCAACUAGUAGGCGGACGCGAGUUCGCUGGUGAUGUGGGUCUUGAUAGCAGAUAUCGAUGCUUAAAUUUGGAGAUGUGACUGUGUCAGCGAAAAGUUGAGCAAGUAACUUGACGGUUAGGAUCCCUACCGACAAUUGCAGAGAGGCAACGUUGUUCAGAAUUCAGUGUUGCAAGGGUGUUCGAAAUGUAGUACCGAUUUGUUAGUGCUGAUGAGGUAAGGUGGUUGUUCAUUAAAACACAAAAUUGUGGUGUAUGGAAGGUCCUCGUGAGGCAGGCAUUGAAGUUGACAGCGUAGUGAAAAAUUUAUGUAAGCAGCUUGGUUGUCGAUAGAACCGUCGGCUUCGCUGAAGAAUAUCAUGUGAGCAGGUAGCAUCUGGAGUUCGGAUAGCUUCCUGUGAUACUCUUGGACUCGGAACAAUUGUGAUACGAUUAUCAUCCGGCAGCCCUCUUUUCCAUAUCCCGAGUUUCUGUUGCAAGUCAUCUUCGCCUACCCAGUUUCAUUUCUGUGAAGGGUUCUGAAGAUCGAAGGACUUUGAGGCGCCAGUGGGUCGGCGAGCAAUUCCAUUUCUUCUUGCACAACUGCUAUCGCAGCUACUCCAGGCUCGUUUUCGACAUCUUCCACAUUGCGGUGACAAGGCCAUUUUCUAGUACUAAAUUUGAACAUCCUAAAGCACUGUUUUCCAAUUCUUCUUUGAAUUAUGGCUAGGUUGGAUCCUACAACUCAUAUUUCAGAAUCAAUGUUGCCAAAUGUUGAUGGUGUGGAUCAUACUCUUGGUGGAGUUGUAUCAAGCAAAUAUUCAGAGUUGCAAUUGUAUUUAAAAAUUGCAAUGAAAUCCAUGGAAAAAGUGAAGGAGUCAACUUUUCAAAGAGAGGCAACAAAUUUGCCAAAGUUCAACAAAGAGGAAUGUGAAUAUUUAGCUUGUAAACUCAAGCUCACCAUUGAGAGUGCUAGUUCAUUCUUUCUUGCCAUAUGCCAUUGAAAAGACAUUCCUGAAGAAGCUUUGGCAAGUUGUGUAGGUAAUUUCAAGCUAUUUGCUGCAAAGGCAAAAGAAAUUGAAAGUUUCAUCCAAGAUUGUUGCAAUGAUGCAUGGAUCGAGGUUGCCAUCAUAUUGACAAAAGUGCAAGAGCGAGUUUCAUCAUUAGGCUUUAAUUUGGAAUUAUGUAGACUUAUAUUUGUUGACUAUGAGUUUAGAGAACCACUAAGCAAAACUUGGACAGAACUUGUUGAAAAAAUUGAAGAGAUCAAUAGCAUUGAAACCAGGAUUGUGCAAGAGAAAGCAUUUCAAGAUGAAGAGGUGUUGUUAAAGAAAGUGGAUUUGGAAUUGAAAUCAUUGAAUGGUGAGGAGAAGGAGUUAGCUUACAUUUUGCUUGAAAGACUUAAAAGCACAUGAAUUGCAUCUUCACGAAAUUCAUUGAAGGGAGAAUUGGAGAAGGUGAAGCAACGCAACCAAAUAAGAAAAGGUGCAUCUGCAACUGUAUUUAAAGUUAAUUGGUUAGAGAUGGAAGUUGCAAAAAAGGUGUUUUAUGGAUCAAACAAUAAACAUUUUGAACAAGGAGUGUCAAUUAUAUUGGGGGUGUUUCAUGCAAAUAUUAUGUCCAUACUUCACUAUACUUCAAGCAAGCAUCAGUGCUCUAUUUUCAUGGAGUUGAUGGAUGGAGAUCUUACUUCUCUAAUAUGGCAUAGAUUGGAAACUCUUCAUCUAAAUAUACCAUUUUCCAAUAUAGUAGUUGUUGACAUUAUUCUUCAAAUUGCAGAAGGUAUGGUUUGUCUUCACUCAAAAGAUAUUGUGCACAGGGACUUGAAACCAGACAAUGUUUUGGUGAAGAUAACAAAUAUGGAAACUGGUCAUGUACAUGCCAAAUUGGCAGAUUUUGGAAUGUCCAAAAUCAAGAAAAGUAGUUGUUCUACUCAAACACUCAAUAUAGGUACUACUAGAUACAUGGCUCCAGAAGUGAUUAAAAUCUAUGAGAAAGGAAGUGAAAACCAUAUGCUUACAAGUGCAAACAAACGAAAGUAUCCACCAAAAAGUGAUGUGUAUAGUUUUGGUAUGGUGUGUUAUCAAAUACUAACUGGAAAAAUCCCUUUCUUUGAUCUAUCUAAUAGUGAAGCCAAGAAAAAGAUAAAGAGUGGGGAGUGCCCAUCUCUACCUCAUCAUUGUCCACCAAUUUUGAAGAAUUUGAUAGAAGACUGUUGGAAAUUUAAUCCCAAAGAUCGUCCAACCUUUAUAGAGAUAUGCAAGGAUUUAAGGUGUAUAAAGUAUUUAUUGAUGACAUCAUGUUCAAGCUUGAUAAUAUUGCCAAAUAAAUCAAUUAAUUUUCUAUCUUAUACAACCUUGAGAAUAAGUGAAUCUUCAAGUUUGAUAUCAUUGUUAAAUAAAUUGGACAAUUAUUCAUCUUUGACUUCUUGUGAAAUAGUUAAGUGCUCAAAGUUGACAUCAUUGCCAAAUGAAUUGUAUAACCUCACAUCUUUGAUUUCCUUAAAUUUAAGUGAAUGUUGGGAGUUGACAUCAUUGCCAAAUGAAUUGGGCAACCUCACAUCUUUGACUUCCAUAAAUUUAAGUGGGUGCUUGAACUUGACAUCAUUGCCAGAUGAAUUGGGCAACCUUUCAUCUUUGACUUCCUUAAAUUUAAGUGAGUGUUGGAAGUUGACAUUAUUGCCAAAUGAAUUGGGUUACCUCACAUCUUUGACUUCGUUAGAUUUAAGUGGGUGCUCAUGGUUGAUAUUAUUACCAAAUGAAUUGGGCUACCUCACAUCAUUAACUACUUUAGAUGUGAGUAAGUGCCAAAGCUUGGUAUCAUUGCCAAAUGAAUUGGGCAAUCUCACAUCUUUGAAUUCCUUAAAUUUGAGUGCAUGCUUAAACUUGACAUCAUUGCCAAAUGAAUUGGGCAACCUUUCAUCUUUGACUUCCUUAAAAUUAAGUGAGUGUGAGAAGUUGAGAUUAUUGCCGAAUGAAUUGGGUUACCUCACAUCUUUGACUUCGUUAAAUUUGAGUGCGUGCUCAAACUUGACAUCAUUGCCAAAUGAAUUGGGCAAACUCACAUCAUUAACUGCUUUAGAUGUGAAUAAGUACGAAAGCUUGGCAUCAUUGCCAAAUGAAUUGGGCAACCUCACAUCUUUGAUUUUCUUAAAUUUAUAUGAAUGUUGGGAGUUGACAUCAUUGCCAAAUGAAUUGUGUAACCUCUUAUCUUUGAUUUCCUUAAAUUUGAGUGAAUGUUGGAAGUUGACAUCAUUGCCAAAUGAAUUAGGCAACCUCACAUCUUUAACUUCCAUAAAUUUAAGUGGGUGCUUGAACUUGACAUCAUUGCCAGAUGAAUUGGGUAACCUUUCAUCAUUGACUUCCUUAAAUUUAAGUGAGUGUUGGAAGUUGACAUUAUUGCCAAAUGAAUUGGGUUACCUCACAUCUUUGACUUUGUUAGAUUUAAGUCGAUGCUCAUGCUUGAUAUUAUUACCAAAUGAAAUGGGCUACCUCACAUCAUUAACUACUUUAGAUGUGAGUAAGUGCCAAAGCUUGGCGACAUUGCCAAAUGAAUUAGGCAACCUCACAUCUUUGACUUCCUAAAUUUAGAUGAAUGCUUGAACUUGACAUCAUUGCCAAAUGAAUUGGGCAACCUUUCAUCUUUGACUUCCUUAAAUUUAAGUGAGUGUGAGAAGUUGAGAUUAUUGCCAAAUGAAUUGGGUUACCUCACAUCUAUGACUUCGUUAAAUUUGAGUGCGUGCUCAAACUUGACAUCAUUGCCAAAUGAAUUGGGCAAACUCACAUCAUUAACUGCUUUAGAUGUGAGUAAGUGCGAAAGCUUGGCAUCAUUGCCAAAUGAAUUGGGCAACUUCACAUCUUUGACCUAUCUAAAUUUAGAUGGAUGCUUGAACUUGAAAUCAUUGCCAAAUGAAUUGGACAAUCUUACAUCAUUGACUUUCUUAAAGUUAUGUGAGGGCUCAAGAUUGACAUCAUUGCCAAAUGAAUUGGACAACCUCACAUCUUUGACUUCCUUAAAUCUAAGUGAAUGUUAGAAGUUGACAUCAUUGCCAAUUGAAUUGGACAACCUCACAUCUUUGACUUCUUUAAAUAUAAGUGGAUGCUCAAACUUGACAUCAUUGCCAAAUGUAUUGAGCAACCUCACAUCUUUGACUUC